UACUUGACAAGUUAGAGGAAAAGGAAUUAAAAAAAAAUUAUAACUUGCCGAAAUUCAACCUGAGCCAUAAAAUAAAAAUAAAAAUAAAUCUAUCCCCCUCACAAAAAUAAAUAAACAAAUUCCCAACACCACCUAUAAAUAAUCUCAAUUCUUCCCCAUUCCCAUUUCUCCUCUUUCUCUCAAGAGGGACCCAGAUCACCACUAGUCUCCUCUCCCGCGCCACCACAGUAAAACAUUAAAAUCAAAACCCCCUUUCGUGGUGGCCGUGGCUAAAAUACGCCGGUGGUUUAACCAUGGAUAAUAAAUUCUACGCAUCGCCGAGUUCCAGCGACCUUACCGGACUUCCGAGAACCUACAGUAACCGUCCGGUGAAAGUAAUCCCAUUACAACACCCCGAAACGACGUCGUCGCCAGCUUUCUCGAUUACGACGUCUUCUAGCUCGAUUUUAGCUCGAUGGAGGUCGAAAAUGAAGGAGAUGAGUGUUACUGAAUGGAUCUCAGUAUUCCUGCCGUGUUAUCGUUGGGUUCGAUCAUAUAAUUUCCAUGAUUAUCUUCAGUGCGAUCUUAUGGCUGGUAUCACCGUUGGUGUUAUGGUCGUUCCUCAGGCAAUGUCGUAUGCAAAGUUAGCUGGGCUCGCACCAAUCUAUGGACUCUAUUCUGGAUGUCUGCCUGUAUUUAUAUAUGCCAUAUUUGGUUCAUCUAGGCAGCUUGCAGUUGGUCCAGUAGCAUUGACAUCUCUCUUGGUGUCUAACGUAUUAAGUAAGAUUGCUGAUCCAGCUGACGACUUGUACACGGAACUUGCAAUCACGUUGGCACUUAUGGUUGGCAUAUUGGAGUGCUUAAUGGGUCUCUUGAGGCUUGGCUGGAUUAUUCGUUUUAUCAGCCAUGCUGUGAUUUCUGGCUUCACUACUGCAUCAGCUAUUGUGAUUGCCUUGUCUCAAGCAAAAUACUUUCUGGGUUAUGAUAUAGUUCGAAGCAGUGAAAUUAUUCCACUUGCAAAAAGUAUUAUAUCUGGCAUAGAUCAGUUUUCAUGGCCGCCAUUUGUGAUGGGAUCAUUGAUUCUUGCUGUUAUGUUGAUAAUGAAGCACUUGGGGAAAACAAGAAAGUACCUGAGAUUUCUUAGAGCGGCAGGCCCAUUGACAGGGGUUGUUGUAGGUACUGCUAUUGUCAAAAUAUUUCAUCCAUCUGCCAUCAGUGUGGUUGGGGAAAUACCUCAGGGGCUUCCAGAGUUUUCAGUGCCUAAAGCCUUUGCUCAGUUUAAGUCCUUGAUUCCAACGGCUUGUCUUAUAACUGGUGUGGCCAUAUUGGAAUCUGUGGGAAUUGCCAAAGCACUGGCAGCAAAGAAUGGCUAUGAUUUAGAUUCAAAUCAAGAGCUUUUUGGUCUUGGUGUAGCCAACAUUGCUGGAUCAUUCUUUUCUUCAUAUCCUAGUACAGGCUCAUUUUCUAGAUCUGCAGUGAACCAUGAAAGUGGAGCUAAAACUGGCUUCGCUGGGAUACUCACUGGAAUCAUAAUGAGUUGCUCCCUCCUGUUUCUAACUCCACUAUUUGAAAAUAUACCUCAGUGCGCGCUGGCUGCUAUUGUGAUAUCUGCUGUGAUGGGUCUGGUGGACUAUGAGGAAGCUAAGAUUCUAUGGCGCGUUGAUAAGAAAGACUUUUUCCUUUGGGCAAUCACUUUUGCUGCAACAUUGUUCCUUGGAAUUGAGAUUGGUGUCCUAGUUGGGGUUGGUUUUUCACUGGCUUUUGUAAUCUAUGAAUCAGCAAAUCCACAUAUUGCUGUUUUGGGUCGUCUUCCGGGUACAACAAUUUAUAGGAAUGUUCAACAAUAUCCAGAAGCAUAUAAAUACCAUGGACUAGUGGUUGUUCGUGUGGAUGCGCCUAUAUACUUUGCCAACACUAGCUACAUAAAAGAUAGGCUACGGGAAUAUGAAUCUACUGUUGAUGAAUCUGUAAGACGUGGACCAGAAGUAGAACGAGUUUAUUUUGUAAUUCUUGAGUUGUCACCUGUGACAUAUGUUGAUUCAAGCGCUGUCCAAGCUCUAAAAGACUUGUAUCACGAGUACAAAGCUCGCGGCAUCCAGAUUGUAAUUGCCAAUCCUAAUCAAGACGUUCUGAUGACUUUCACGAGAGCUGGGCUUGUUGAACUGAUUGGAAAGGAAUGGUACUUUGUGAGAGUGCAUGAUGCUGUUCAAGUCUGCUUUCAGCACGUACAGGAAAACGAAAUACCAAAAACACCAGAUUCCUUUAAAGACAGCAAGCGAAAUCUAUCGCAAAGACUUAGCCAAAGGAAGGAGAAUUUACCAACUAUAGAUCUGGAAUCUGGAGAUCAAACUUCGACAAUUUCAAACAGUUCUGAUCACCAGUUACAGGAGCCACUCUUGCCUAGGAGGUCUUAGUCUGCUUCAAUACCCAAUAUUAUUAAUGCCAUUCUUUGGAGGAGUUGUUCUGUAUAUAAAUCCUCAUUUUUUGAUGGUUUGUAUUUUUGUAAUUAGCCCUUUGUUGUAAGUUGUAUCUGUUGUGAGGUGAUUUUUUUGUAAGAUGCCCUGUAAUGGGAUGUAAGAACUGUUGUAUAUGGUGUAUUCUGUAUAUUACCAUACUUUCGCCAUUUUCAUCCCUUUUGGGAGAAUCAAUAAACUAUCUGAACAA